AUGUCCUGCCCCUCCCCUCUCUCUCUCUCUCUCUCUCUCUCUCUCUCUCCUCUCCCCUCCCCUCCUUUCUCUCUCCUCCGCUCUCUUGAUCACCCUGCUUUCUCUGUCAUCCUUUCCUUGCGGUCUCUCUCUGUCCUCUCUCUCUCUCUCUCUCUCUCUCCCAUGAGUUUCCGCCAUAGCCAUCAUCCCCCACCUGGUUUUCUCCAUCCCCCACCCUCCUUAUGACGCCAUCCUCCACCAUCUUCUUCUUCUUCUUCCUCCUCUUCUUCUCUGUGUCGGCCCUCCCUCCCCCCAGAGGUAAUCCGUUCAUCUUCCCCGCCCUCCAUCUCUCUACUUUCUCUCUCCUCUCUCUCUCUCUCUCUCAGCUUCUCUACGCCAUCUCUGCUAGGGUUCUUCAUCAACUGCGGCGCAGAGGAGGAGAUCACGACAGGGGGGAUCAAAUGGCUGACGGACGAGGGAUUCGUCGCCGGCGGGAACCGAUCGGCAGUGGCGACGCCUGGUAUCGCCGCCACCCUCGCCACCCUCCGCUUCUUCCCCGACGCGGCGGCGAAGAAGAACUGCUUCGUCGUGCCGGUGACCAAGGGAGCCACCUACCUGGUGAGGACGACCUAUUUCUACGGCGGAUUCGACGGCGGCGCCACCCCUCCGUGCUUCGACCAGAUCGUCGGCGGCACGAGGUGGAGCACGGUGAACACCUCCGGUGACUACACGAGGGGCCUCGCCUCCUACUACGAGGUGGUGGUGCGCGCUGCCGCGAAGACGCUCAGCGUCUGCCUGGCCAGGAACGGCCGGAGCACCGCCGCUCCCUUCAUCUCCGCCCUGGAGGUGGCGGCGCUGGAGGACUCGAUCUAUAACUCCACCGAUCUCGACGGCCACCUCCUCGCCACCGUCGCCCGCCACCGCUUCGGCCACGCCGGCGCCAUCACCAGGUACUUACUCCGCAUCAAUCUAUCGAUCUAUCAAUCUAUCAAUCUAUCAAUCUAUCAAUCUAUCAAUCUAUCAAUCUCCUCCUUCCUCGCCGGAGAUCGCCGGCCCUGACUGACGCUCUUCCUCUUCUUCUUCCUCGUCGUCUUCAUCUUCAUCUUCAUCAUCAUCAUCAUCAUCAUCUUCAUCUUCAUCUUCUUCUUCUCCGGGCAGCUACCCGGAGGAUCCCUUCAACAGGUACUGGGAGCCCUUCCCCGCCGGCGACGGCGACCCGGUGGUGGAAAGCCACGCCAAUGUGAGCGCCGCCGGACUCUGGAACCUCCCGCCGGCGGCCGCGUUCCAGCGGGGGAUCACCGCCAGUCGGGGGAAGCCGGUCGUCCUGCGUUGGCCGCCGGUGGAGCUGCCGCCGGCGACCUACUACGUGGCUCUCUACUUCCAGGACAACCGCACCCCUUCCCCCUUCAGCUGGCGGGUCUUCGACGUCUCCCUCAACGGCGAGCCCUUCUACCCCGGCCUCAACGUCUCCGCCACCGGCGUCAUGGUCUUCUCCGGCGACUGGCCGCUCUCCGGCAAGACCGAGAUCACUCUGACGCCGGCGCCGGAGUCCCCGGUGGGCCCCGUCAUCAACGCCGGCGAAGUCCUCCAGCUCGUCCCCAGGAAGGGGAGGACCGUCACCAGAGAUGGUACCCAUGAAAAAAAAAAAAAUCCUCAAGAUGCAUUUAUUUAUUUAUUUAUCUAAAUAAAAAACCCUGGGUCUAAAACACCAGGAUGCAUUUAUUUAAUUACUUAAUUACUUAAUUAUUUAGUUUUUUUUCAGUGAUCGCCAUGGAAGAGCUAGCCCGGAGCUUGACCAACGUACCUGCUGACUGGAACGGCGAUCCCUGCCUGCCGUGGGAGACGGCGUGGACCGGCGUUGAAUGCUCUCGGGGGAAGCUUGCCCGGGUGGUCUCUCUGUGAGUUUUCCAAGCCCGGCCCGGACCGGGCCGGCCCGCUGAGUUGGGCCAGGCUUUGUCAGGGAACCGGGCUGAUGCGGGCCUGGCCCGCUGGAAAAAGUUGACUAGUUUUUACUGGUUUGACUGGUUUGACUGGUUUGACUGGUUUGACUGGUGCAGGAACUUGACCCGCUGGGGGCUGACAGGUACGCUGCCAGAAGGGAUCAACAACAUGACUGCGUUGACCAGCAUGUAAGCCGCAUCUCUCUCACAUGGUUGACAAAAUCCUCCCGGACUCUAAUGUGAGAUUAGCCGCUGCGUUGACCGGGCAGGGAAGGGGAAGAGAGAGAGAGAGAGAGAGAGAGAGUCUAAUCUAAAGGCUUGAUGAUUGCAGCUGGCUGGGUGGGAACAUGAUCUCAGGGCCCAUACCAGACUUGGGCUCUCUGCAGCAGCUCGUUUCCCUGUAAGCGAACCACCGCUCCCCCCCCUCUCGCUCUCUCGCUCUCUCUCUCUCUCUCUCUCUCUCUCUCGCUAGAAGUAAUUUCUGUAAAUGGUUUGCUCCAAUGCCUCUUUUUUUGUCUUAUUAAUCCUCUUAGUUGACUAAUUAAUUAUUAAAUUAACUGACUAAUUAAUAUAAUGUGGUAUUGUGGGAAGGCGUCUGGAGGAUAACCAGCUGUCCGGGCCAAUCCCUCCAUCACUGGGGAGCCUGAUGGAGAUCCGGGAGAUGUAAGCCCUCUACUUUCCUAUCUUUUGGAAAAUGAACCGUAAAUAGGCCUGGACUCCUGUCUUGGCUGCUGAUCUGUUCGUUCUUAACAUAAUUUUGCCAUUUUUAGCAUGCUGGCUAGGAUUUGUUCUAAAGAAGUUGCCAUUUUUAGUAUACUGGCUUAGUUUUGUUCAUACCAAGCUUGCCAUUUUUAGCGUGCUGGCUCUUAAUCAGGCCUCUCUCUCUCUCUCUCUCUCCUGCAGAUUCCUCCAGAACAAUGAUCUCCAAGGUGCUAUUCCUCAAAGUCUCACAGCCAGAAGUGGAAUAAACAUUCAGUAAGAACACAAACCCUCCCCCCCCCCCAUCUCCUUUGAUGAUCUCGUCUCAGUGGAGUGAGUGGUGGUCUCAUUUUGGUUGCUCUCAACAGGAUAUCCCCCGGAAACAACAAGAUCACUGCUCUUCGACCAUAG